CAACUCAUUCUCCAAACAGUUUGAGUUGAGAACAUUAAGAAUUUUAAUGACUACACCAAUCUUCAAAGCCGUCUUAAGAAAUGACGUGUCAGCUUUUCUCGAUCUCGUCCAGACAAAUCCGUCAGUGCUCGAGGAAAGAAAUCACGGGGAGAGUUUCCGGGGAACGGUUUUGCACUUGGCUGUGGAAGCGGAACACGGAGAGCUUGUGUCAAGGAUAAUCGAGUUCCGCCCUUCCCUUGUCCGAUCAACCAACUGCGAUGGCGACACACCUCUUCAUUUAGCGGCUCGUUUUGGACAAGCGAGUUUUGUAACGCAGAUGUUAGAGUCUGGACAAGAUUUGUGUAUGGCUCUUAACGGCCAAGGAGAAACAGCGUUAAACUUGGCCUGUGCCAACAAACACCUCGAUAUUGCGGGACUCAUUCUGGAAAAAACUAGAUCGAUCACCAUCGUGGAAUUUUAUGCCACCAUUAAAGAAGACACAACAGAUCUCUCAAGGAGAAUGCUAGAGAAGUUCCCCAACAUAGCUUGGCAUGUUGAUGGAGAAUUUUCCACACCGUUGCAUUUUGCAUGUGAUGUAGGUAACCUUGAUAUAGUAAAGAUGCUGCUAGGUCUUGAUGAAAUACUUGCAGAGAGGGUCAAUAAAGAUGGGAUCACACCUUUGCAUUUGGCGGCCAUGAAAUGCUCGGUUGCAAUCUUGAAGGAGUUUUUGGACAAGACACCAAGAUCUUUCAACACACUCACACCAGCAAAAGAAACUGUCUUCCAUCUGGCUGCAAAACACCAAAACAUAUCAGCCUUCGUUUUCAUGGCACAGAAUUCAGAGCUAACCGAAUUUCUCCACCGGACGGAUAAACAGGGCAAUACUGUUCUACACACUGCUGCCUCCGUAGCCUGCCUUUCAGAGCGGCUAGGGAGCAGUUUUUGGGGCUCAUGGCGAUGGAUUCGAAGGUUUGUUCACUGAGAUUCCAUCUCUGCCGCGAAAACAACAGCAAGGAAGACGAAGACUUUCUUGAUCUAUCUAUAAAGCAGGUUGAUUUACUUAAAGGAGUCGACAUAUCUAAAAUAUUUUACUGCGAUGGCUUAUCUUUAUGCGUAGCCAAAGACAACUCAAGGCUCGUGGUGUGGAACCCCUAUUUGGGUCAAACAAGGUGGAUCGAACCUAGAACAAAAUUCCACACACUGGACACGUAUGCUCUAGGAUACGAUAUCAACCGUAACCACAAAAUCUUGAAGUUCAUGGAUAGUCGCUCUUUUGAAGACAAGGACUUUUUCGGGUACGAACUUUACGACUUCAACUCUCAUUCAUGGAGGGUUCUCGACGUCACUUCUAACUGGCAUAUACAAGAUUACCAACGCGGCGUGUCUUUGAAGGGAAAUUCUUACUUUUACGCUCAAGAGAAAUUAGGACAUUACGUUGCGCCUCCCCGUGGAUAUAAAAUAGCACCUAACUUGUCUAGCAAAAUAAGAAGAUUGCCUAGUGGAAGUGUGAAGAUAUCGUAUUAUGAAGAUUUCUUACUUUGUUUUGAUUUUACAAGAGAGAGAUUCGGACCGCAUCUGCCUCUUCCAUUUCGCUCUAUGAUCAGUGAGACUGUGGCCCUCUCAUCUUUUAAAGAAGAGCAUCGAGGAAAUUGGCCCUACGCGUACGCGGGGAAAUACUUCACAAAUUUAUUCUCCUCCACUUGUGUGCUCUUCUUCUUAUUUUCCGAGUUUAGUGCAACUCAACCAAUCUCGCAAAAGGAAAGAAUAAAGAGAUACUUAGGGGCUGUUAUUGGA